AUGGCCACGGCGAACGACAGGGCCGUCCUGCAGACCAUCUUUAACCCCAGCACCCCUUUUGGGGAUAUCCCUGGGCUGGACGAGGAGGAGGAGGAGGACGCCCAGGAGGAAGGGGAAGCCUCUGUGCCGGAGCUGCUGGAGCAGGUCCGGGACCUAGAGCUGCAGGGGGUUUCUGCCGCCGAGUCGGGAGACGUGAGCACAGCCCUGGAGAGGUUCAGCGAGGCCAUCCGCCUGCUGCCCGAGCGCGCCUCCGGCUACAACAACCGGGCCCAGGCCCUGCGGCUCCAGGGGGACGUGGCAGGCGCCCUGCAGGACCUGGACGCAGCCAUCCGCCUGAGCCGGGGCUGCGGCCGUGCCGCCUGCCAGAGCUUCGUGCAGCGCGGCCUGAUCCACCGGCUGCAAGCUCGCGAGGAUGACGCCCGGCGGGACUUCGAGCGAGCGGCACGGCUAGGCAGUGCCUUCGCCCGGCAGCAGCUGGUGCUGCUGAACCCCUACUCGGCACUCUGCAACCAGAUGCUCUGCGAGAUGCUGGGGCGGCUGCGCAACCCCCGUGGCACUGGGAGCGAGUGA